GGCCAAGAGUUGGUCUGUGACAAGUGGUAUCAGAGCCAAGGUCGUAGCUCAGCAAGUGAGAAAGAACCUGGAAGAGAUGGCUCGAUCCGGAAGCGAAGUUCUCAAUAAUGAGCAACAACGCGGUCGUGAGGAGAAGAAGGAUCCAAACAACAAGAAGCAUCGUGAUAGAUCUUACUCGAGAGCCUUUGGUUUCAAUCGAGGAGAGGCUCACGAGGGCGGAGACGAAGAUUGCCAAGCAUACAACCAUGUUCGAGGACAUGGAGUUGAAAUUCGAUCAAGUCAGCGCAGAGGUGCAGACUUCGAAGGACGACAUGCAAGGCAUAGGUAAUCGAAUGUCAGGCUUGGAGGUGGGGUUAGAAGCUUUCGUAGACCAGUUUGUAACCAUCAUCACCAACGCCAUCGACUCCUUGAGGGAGACCGUUCGAGGCCAGGUGGACGAAGUAAGAGAAGAAUUUGACGAGCUUCGAGGAGAGCUCAAUCUCGUCAAACGAGCCGUGGCUGAUGGACCUGUCGCGAUCCAAUCUACCCCACACAUGGAUAUUCCAAGGCCGAAGAAUUUCGGAGGCUCGAGGAAUGCGAGGGAGUUGGAAAAUUUCCUAUGGAGCCUUGAGCAGUAUUUCAAGGCUUCAGACAUCAAUGACAACAAAGUCAUUUUGCGCACCGCCUCCCUUUACUUGGUCGAUACAACCAUGGUGUGGUGGAGGAGAAGGCAAGGUGAUAUAGAAAGAGGCACAUGUGUGAUUGACACAUGGGAGGAUUUCUGUAGGGAAAUCAAGAGGCAAUUCUACCCUGAGAAUGUCGAAAUGGAAGCUCGUCCUAAGCUUCGACGACUCACCCACACCGGCGGAAUUCGUGAGUAUGUCAAGGAGUUAUCAGAAUUGCUAUUCGAGAUCCCCGAUCUUCCGGACAAGGAGGCUUUGUUUGGCUUCCUUUUCGGAUUGCAUCCUUGGGCGAAGUUGGAGCUCGAGAGGCGUGGAGUGCAAGAUCUUGCUACUGCCUUGACAACUGCAGAAGCUCUCACGGAGUACAAGAAGAGUGAGAGGCCGAACGAGUCGAAGAACUCAAAGAGCAAAGGAGGAGGAGAUCAUCGGCAGCACUCCAAAGAAGGGAAAGGCUCGUACCAACAUGGAGGCUCGAGCAAGGGAGCAAGAUCUGGUAACUAUGAUAAACCCAUGUCUUGUUUCCUUUGCAACGGUCCACAUAAGGUGCGAGAUUGCCCAAAGAAGAGCAAACUAGCAGCCUUGGAGAAACAAGAAGGGGAGACCAAGGAAAAUGCUAGGGAAGAUGAAGGGAAGAUAUGCUCCAUGCGGAGGCUAGGCGCGGUGAAGUCCGACGCCAACGAAGUUAGCAAGGGGAGAUUCUUUGUGAUCACCCAAUUCGAGGGAGGCGAGUUGAAAGCAUUGGUUGACACCAGUGCGACCGAUAACUUCCUUCGAGUGGAGGAGGCGGAGCGCUUGGGAAUCGCUUACGAGAAGAGGAAGGAUCGUUCAAGACCAUCAACUCCGAGGCAAUACCCAUCCAUGGCGUUGCUAAGAAUGUGCCAUUGAAGAUUGAAGGUUGGGAAGGUGUUGCCGACUUCAGCGUCAUCACUAUGGAUGAUCAUCCGGUCAUUCUUGGCGUCAACUUCAUGGAGAAGGAGGGCGCGGUGAUGGCAAUGAAUUCCAACACUCUCU